AUGGUUUUGCCUAUACACUCUACUGGUUCGCAUUUGUUUUUUAAUGAAAUAGAAAAUGAGUAUAAAUCAGGUAGACUUACAAAAGGAUUACAUAUCCCAUUUCAUUUUGAUGGAAUAUAUAUACAAGAAUAUGAUGAAAUUGUUACUCAGUUGCUCUAUCGUGAUACUUCUUGGCUAUUUAUUAGUUUAAUAUGUUUACUAAUCUUAUUGACUAUAUGGACUCGAACGAUCUCCAUACCAAUUCUAACUGUAUUGGCUAUUAUCUGGUCUUUGUUAACUGCCUAUACGGCGAUAGUAGCUGCUGUAAAGUUUCUUUUCAAAUUUGUAUUUUCAGUGAAGUUAUGGUCAGUACCUGUGGCAGAACUUACAAGAUAUCGGGAUGCGAGUUCUGAAGUGAUUCAGUGUAUAUCCGAAUUUACUAGCGAUAUUGAGAGGGCUAGUAUUGAUGAGGCCUACGUUGACUUAACUGGUAUCGUAGAUUCAGUUUUGGUCCAGGAUGACAAUUUGUCAUCACUGCAGCCCAAUCCAGAGUCUUACGUGUUAGUUAGCAGCGAUAUUGCUGAGGAGUCAAAGUUAGAACUUACCAAAACCAACUGUGUUUUGCUCAACGGUGUUGAUUGGAUCCAGUUGCUAGACUCUAACUUUUCAGAAGGAAGGCGAUUAGCUGUAGCUUCUGAAUUGGUAUACCGCAUUAGACAGGCUGUAUUUACAAAAACAGGAUUUAGAUGUUCCGCUGGGAUUGGUCCAAAUAAAGCUCUUGUAGUUGAUAUCUAUUUUCACUCAAAAACUGUUUUCAAACGUAAUUUAGGUGGUAAACUUGGAAGUGCUGUUGUUAAACAAUUGAAGAUUGAAACACUUGGUCAGCUAAGUUCAAUUCCAUUGUCUGUGCUCACAAAAGAAUUUGGUGAAAAAACAUCAAAAUGGCUUCAUGACUUAUCUCAUGGGAUUGAUCAUGAAGUAGUUACUACUCGAUCACUUCCAAAGUCUGUUGGUUGUAGUAAAAAUUUCCUUGGACGUGCAACACUUACAUCAAGUGAACAAAUUAAACGAUGGUUAUUAUGCUUAGCUGAAGAAAUAUUUGAAAGAUUAGAUGUUGAUUAUCAUCAACAUCAACGUUAUCCUACUCGAUUAAUUCUUUAUGCACGUACAACCAAUGAUCCAGGAUACAUUGGUGGGAUAUCACGUACACUUCCGUCUAAUCUUUUACAAUUCAUUGGUUAUGGAAAUCGAAGUAUCAUGAAUAAUGAUGAUGGAAACUGUAGUAAUACUAGUGAUUUAGAUAACAAAUUACUUAAGUAUACAAGUCAAAUUGAAAAACUUGCAAAUACUGCUUUGGUCAUUUUAAAGGAAGUCCUUUUUAAAGGGGAAGCUCCGGAAAUAUGGGAUCCUGGUAUAAAUUCUUUAGGUCUUUCAGCUGGAAGAUUCUUAUCUAAUUCCUCUACUUCAAAUGUUGAUAUUCGAUCUUUAUUACAAAAAAAGCAAAUAGAAUCUAUAAAAUAUGAUACUGUUGUUCAGCAAAAAUCAAUGGUAUCUAUUCCACCUGAAAAGUCUACAUCACCAUCUUUAGUUCAAUUGUCUUCUGAUAAUGAUGUUAAAAAUGAUACAGUCAACAUUUCACCUGAUAGAAAACGUAAUUCUAAUGAUUCUACUGUAAAUAUUAACACAAAUAAUCUUUCAUUUUUUAAACGUUUGAGAGUCGCUGAAAUCUCAGCUCCAUUUCAUCCAACUCCAUUGAUUGACAAUCUCAAUAUUAAUAAUAAUAAUACUACUAAUAAUGAUAAUAAUACAAGUGAGAAUAAGAAUUUUUUAUUAGUAGAAAAUCAAAGUGGAAAACUCAUUUCCAAUUCAAUAACACCACCACCACCAACAACAACCAAUGUACAAUUGCAUCAAUCAUUAGAACAGAAUAAAUCAUCCACAUUAGACGAUUCACCUUAUUUAGAAGUUGACUCAGAAUCACGUCAUUCAACAUCAACAACUUCAGAUUCGUCUAAUUUUUUCAAAUCAUAUUCAAUUGGUGAUUGGAUUAUUUGUGAUAAAUGUAAUUCACGUAUAUCUAUAUGGCAAUUACCAGAACAUGAAGAUUUUCAUAUAGCUCAACGUAUACAACAUGAAUGGUCAAAUAAAGAGGUUAAUAUAAAUACAACAUCAAUAGAGACAUCAUUAACAAAAUCUAAUGAUACUACUAAUUCAAAUCAAGUAAAUAAUUCAUUAAUAAAUAAAAUAUCUUCCAAUCAAAAAUCAACUAAAAUUAAAUCUAAUUUAAAACAAUCAAAAUCAAUAAAAAAACAUCAAAAAUCAAUUAAAUCUAAUUCUGGAAGUUUAGAUCAAUAUUUUCAUAAAAUCCCUUAA